AUGCACCCACACAAACGUCUUAAAGAAAUUCAACAACUUAUUGUUUCAACAUAUCCAGGUUAUUUAAUGGGAAAAAAUUCGUAUCGAUCACCAUCAAUCUUAGGUAGACUUUAUCAAAAUGCAUUAGAGUUCACUAAAAAAUGUUCAAGUUCGACUGCUAAAGUAUUGAAAAAUGGAGUAAAUUAUAAUGUACGUGGUCGAACCUGUAAAAAUGAGCAUGAUCUGCAUACUCAUAAACGUACCUGCGAUAAAAAAUCCAUACCCAAAUUCAAAAUCAUUGAUCGUUUGACGAAAAAUCCUGAUGGAGAAUAUAAUUGUCCUAAUGUACAAUGUGGAAAAACAUUUAAACCAAAAGGUAUCACUCCACAUGUUAAAUCAUGUAGAAAAGAAUGGUUGAAACAAAACGGUUUUUCAAUAGAUUAA